CAAACCCCUCCUCCCUCCGCCAAAUUCGGGCCCGCGUCGAGAGGCAGGCAGGCAGCCCGCGCGGGUGCCGACGCCCACCACCUCCCUCCCCCACCGGAUCCGGCGCGGCGCGGAUCCGCGCAGCGAGCGAUCAAUGGCCUCAUCCUCGGCGGCGGCGGACGAGGUGGCGCCGGCGCCGGCCCCGGCCCCGGCCGAGGCGGCGGCGGAGGCCAAGGGGAAGGGGAAGCUGGGCGGGGUGCUGGGGCGGAUGUGGCGGGCGCUCUUCGGCGGCCGGGAGGACUUCGAGAAGCGCCUGCAGUACCUGUCCAAGGAGGAGGCCGCCGUGCACGCGCGGAUGCGCAGACGGACGCAGUUCUCGCGCCGCGCCGUGCGCAACCUCAUCGUCCUCUCCGUCCUCGCCGAGGUGGUGGCUGUUGUAUAUGCUAUCAUGAUGACAAGAGAUGAGGAUCUAACUUGGCAGAUGAGGGCAAUUCGGGUGCUGCCGAUGUUUGUUCUUCCAGCUGUAUCCUCUCUGAUAUAUUCAACAGUUGUAAACUUCACAACGAUGCUUGAGCGAAAAGACCAGAAGACCCUUGAAAAGUUGAGGGCUGAGAGGAAAGCCAAGAUUGAUGAGCUUAAAGAGAGAACAAAUUAUUAUCUUACCCAGCAGCUUAUUCAGGUAAGUGGACAAGUAUCCAUUACUCAAGCUACACAAAUUCAUGAGUUCCAGGUGUCAUACCUUUUUUCAUCUCUUGCCACACCGAUACUAAAUGUGAUAUGUAUUGUACAUGUGCAGAAAUAUGAUCUUGAUCCAGCUGCAAAGGCCGCGGCAGCUUCAGUUUUGGCAUCAAAGCUUGGGGAGGAAACUGGUUUGAAACUUCAUGUUGGAGAAGAACCAAAGUUGGAUGCAGCAGUGGCUAGAAGCAACGAUGUUGAGAUACUACCAUCAGAUGGUAUGAGAAACAGGAAGCAACCCAAUGCAAGACGAAGCAGGACUGGGAGCCCCUCUGCUGCUCAUCCCCCAGCACAGGGAACUGAAUCCAGUCCAACUGCGAGUGCUGGUUUGGAAACUGCACCAGCUCCAAUGGUGGUAGAACACCAUCAAGGCACAGGGGCCAAUGAUGGUGGAUGGAUUGCAAAAAUUGCUGCCUUGCUUGUGGGGGAGGACCCAUCACAAUCGUAUGCUUUGAUCUGUGGCAACUGCCAUAUGCAUAAUGGCUUGGCACGGAAGGAAGAUUACCCACACGUAACAUACUACUGCCCACAUUGUAAUGCAUUGAACACAUCAAAGCAAUCCAUGGGCCAAUACUCUGGCUCCAACUCAGGCCGCUCGACCCCAGCUGUUCCUGCUGAUGGACUCUCCGUUUCCAGUUCAGUACAGGAGGGUGAAUUGAGUAACCUGACCACAUUGCAGGCGCUGCCAAAGGAAGGAAAUGCGGAGAAGCAAGAAACGUUGGCAGGUUGAUGGUUCAUAAAACUACUAUAUUGAUGUGUGUGGAAUUUGUUUGUCUUUUAGACAUAUUGUCGUGUUUCAACUGGUCCCAGCCGCAGAUUUGGCACUGUUGUAAAUUGGAAAUAGUGACUGAUAUGAUCCACAGGAACUUAGCAUCCAAAAAGAAGAAAUGAGCCAUGGUGUGUACAUCCAUCCUUUGAGUGGAUGAAUUUUGUUGUCAAUAGAGUGCCAGUCAAAGACUA